GUUUUAUUUGACAUCUUGUAAAAGUUGUAAACAAACAAUUCAACCCAUUUUCAACUUUUCUCAUCUACAAUUUAUUGAAAAUCAACUAAACUAAACUCAAAAUGGCCUUAGCAAUGCAAAGAAAAACCAACGUUCGCCUGCCCCCAGAAAUAAACAGGGUCCUCUACAUCCGAAACCUCCCCUACAAAAUCACCGGCGAAGAAAUGUACGACAUAUUCGGAAAGUACGGUGCCAUAAGGCAAAUUCGAGUGGGCAACACUCCGGAAACCAGAGGCACUGCUUUUGUUGUCUACGAAGAUAUUUUUGAUGCUAAAAAUGCUUGCGACCAUCUGUCCGGGUUCAAUGUUUGUAAUAGGUAUUUGGUGGUGCUCUAUUAUCAGGCCAAUAAGGCUUUCAAGAAGACCGAUUUGGAUAAAAAGCAGGAGGAGAUUGAUAAAAUGAAGAGCAAAUAUGGAAUUAAUACUUAAGUGACUUUUAUUGUUUAAUAUAAGGUAUAUUAUUAUUAUCUCAAAUUGAACGUUUAAUUCUCAAGCAAGUGGUAAUCCAAGCUAGAAUUGUAUCGUAUGAGUUUAAUUAAAGUAACAUUUUUCUUGCC